AUGACUGCCAUACGACURCGUGAAUUUGUUGACCGUCGCCCAGGGAUUCCACCCAGUAACUUCAUUGUUCACAGAGGAAAGGAUCUCCGAGGCUACUACCAUGGGCAACUGGCAAGAGUUCAUUAUGAUGAUAGUGUGAAGAAAACACCCAGACCACUCAUAGACUUGGCAAUUCCAACCGAGAGAAAAACUCCGUAUCAGCCUCAAUUAGACCAACAAACGCUCAUUCGAUAUAUUUGUUUUAAAAGUCGUUCGAAGCCUGUCGACUCGUGGUAUAAGGAAACCACUUACCAGAGAAGCUACUCUCUGCCAUUUUACGACAUUGGUUGGGACCAGAAAUUAGCCACCAUUUCACUGAAUCCUAGACCACUGAAUUCAGUGCCAGAGUUCUACUGUUAUGAAGACAACAGUGGCUUCGAAAGAAAUUCUUUUCAGAUUAAGUUGAUCAGCCUACAACUGGGAAUCAAGAUCCWGCCUUAA